UCUAACCACGUCCCUGCCCAGCUGUGUGAGCCUUUCGUCUGCAGAGGGGCUCGGGGCAGCAUGGGUGUGCGACAUUGACAUCGGGCCCCGGGUAUCAGAACAGCGCUUGGAGGGACCCAAAUGCCCAGAACAGCCAAUGCGACAUCUGCUUCUGCUUUUCCUGUGUCCCUGCGUGAUAGGGGUUGUGUUUCACCUUUGGCUGCACAACUUCUCAGGUCUGUUUGCUUUGUUUUCUCGAUGGCAACGGCAAAAUUAUGAUAUUGUUGUUGGUGUGUUAUCUGCUCGGCAUAAUAAUGAACUGCGGAAUGUUAUAAGGAAAACGUGGCUUCAGCACUUGAACCAACACUCAUCACUAAGUCAACGUGUUCUUGUGAAAUUCAUUAUAGGAUCUCAGGGCUGUGAUAUUCCUAUUGAAGAUCGGGAAGAUCCCUACUCCUGCAAGAUUCUGAACAUCACCAAUCCAAUUCUUAACCAGGAAAUUGAAUCAUUCAGCAUACAUGAAGAUAUUGCUAUACUCACAGAGCACAGGGUGGUUAAUGUGAAUUUCCGUGUUCUUUACCCUGUGAUAAUCACCCGGCUUGGCGUUUUUCAGCAUUACAAUGUUGCUGGUUUCCAAAGGAAUAUAACUGUGAAACUUUUCCAAGCAGAACACGAGGAGGCUCUCUUCAGUGCCCGUUUUAGCCCAGCUAGCUCUGGUGUACAGGUGAAUCGAAUAUGGUAUAAACCCGUGGAGCAGUUUAUAUUACCAGAGGGUUUUGAAGGUACAGUUGUUUGGGAAAGCCAUGACCCAGAAGGUUUAAUAUCAGGAAAUGUACACCGUGUAGUUGUUAAUGAUGGAGGGGGAAUGCUCAGGCUUACAACAGUUGACGAAGGAUUGCUGCCUUAUGAAUUUACAGAGGGUGUUGAGGGUAUUGCAGGAGGCUUUACCUAUACCAUUCAUGAAGGGGAAGCACUUUUGCAUAAUCUCCAGAGUCGCCCGGAAAGACUUCUAAAACAUUUAACUGCACUUGAAAAAGAGGAUGCCUUACUACAGAAGGAAAGCACAACUUUUGAAGAUAUUAUUUUUGUUCAUGUUGUGGACACAUAUAGAAAUGUUCCAUCAAAACUUCUUCAGUUUUAUAAGUGGACCGUAGAAUUUACAAGCUUUGAGUUUCUGCUGAAGACGGAUGAUGACUGUUACAUUGACAUGGAGAAUGUAUUUAAUAUGAUUGAUCAUAAAAAACUGAAGAGCGCAAAUACUUGGUGGGGAAAUUUCAGGUUGAAUUGGGCAGUUGAUCGGACUGGGAAGUGGCAAGAACUGGAGUACCUCAGUCCAGCAUACCCAGCCUUUGCCUGUGGGUCUGGAUAUGUUAUUUCAAAAGAUAUUGUUCAGUGGCUGGCAAGCAAUUCCGAUAAACUGAAGACUUACCAGGGUGAAGAUGUGAGCAUGGGAAUUUGGAUGUCUGCAAUUGGACCUAGACGAUACCAGGACAAUCAUUGGCUUUGUGAGAAGAAGUGUGAAACGGGUAUGCUAUCUUCACCUCAGUAUUCUCCCGAAGAACUAAUGGAACUCUGGCAACAGAAAGUGCGAUGCAGAAAUCCUUGUGCAUGUAAAGAAAGAUGACCAAAGAUACUACACAUAUUCAAAUGUGACAUUAGUGAGCAACAAAUGAGCUUACAAUCGACAUUAAACAUCUCUUGGUUUUGUGUAAAAUUGUCCAACGCUCCCUAGGGAGGCUUAAUAGCAAAUACUUUAACGUGCAAAUUAAAAGAGCUGGUUAGGGCAUUUGCAGCAUCAUGUAAACCUAAAUUUAAUUUUUUUUAACUCUAGAGAGCGUAGGACAAAGGACACAAGGUGUUUAAUGUCCCUCUAAGUUAAUUCUGUAUCAAAAUCUUGAAUGCUCCGAGUUGAAAUCAUUUUAUACUGUACAAACUAUCAGAACUAUAAUAAAGUUAUUUUAAAAAUUC